UUCACUUUUAAUUUGGUGAAUGCAUUUUCAGCUUUUGCUGACUGCCUUUGCUAGUUUUAUGUGCAAAUUUCUCAAAAAAAGGGUCUUUUUAAUAUUAUCUAAUGUUGCAGCAAUCUGAAAAUUAAGCUACUUAGAAACAAAAUUAAAGAAAUUGGGUGCAGUGAAAAGACAAUUAUUAGCUCUAUAUGCUAGCGCAGUGUAGCUCCUUUUACUAGCUCAGUCUAGGUUUAUCUUACACUCCAAACAAAAUAGCACAGUGGUCUAAUGAUGAAGAAAAACAGCACUCUUCUAGGGGCAGAAAAUACUCAAGAGAAGGAAAGAACAAUGGAGGCGGAGGUCAAACAUCGUUCAUCAAGUCAAAACAAACAAAACAUUGAAAUGGCAAAUGUAGAUUUCCCGCCAGCCCGACACAACGAAAAAAGGCUUUCUAAUAAGGAAGCCCAGAAGAGCAGUUCGGUGCUAAACCAGCACAAUAACAAUGAUGAGUGGCAAUGUCCAGAUUGUUCACAGAAAGAAAGAAGACUGCAAGAUAUGAAGAAAAACCAACUAUCUAAUAUUAACGCUAAAGAAGGAGAGCAGAUGCGAGAGAGAGAGAGCCAGCAUUCCCUAGCAGCCCCACCUAGCUACAAUACAGAUUCCCGGAUGAGCAGUCCAAAGACAAAACCCCAACCUAUAGGAGUCACAUUGAAAAAAUCAGAUGAUCUUCAUGCAGAUUUUGUCUUGAAAGUGGACUGCUUUACAACACUUCUUUUGGCCAUAACUAUUGGUAUAAUCUCUGGAUUGACUUAUUGGAAUGUGUUUCAAGGAUGUCAGCAGAAGAACAUGUCAUUUUGGAUUACAUUUCUUCCAGCAAAUUUUGCUCUACCAUUAAUAAUUGCCUGCUGUGAGAACAACUGUAAAAAAUUCCCACUGAACUUAAUUUUACCAUUGAUGCUUAUCCUAGCUGAAAGCCUGCUGCUUGGAGCGAUUACAUCCUUCUUUGCUGCCACGACAUUAAUGCAGGUUGGAGGAAUAACAGCAUCUGUGACUUUGGUGCUGUAUUGGUUUGUUCUGAAGUCCAAGUGGAACAUCAUUCGUGCACCUGUGCCCUCCUGGAUCGUGUUCUCAAUGUUGAUCAUCUUUGGAAGUCUCUGUUGCUUUAACAAAUCACCAACAUUACAAUUUGUUUAUGGUUUGUUUGGGAUGCUGAGCUCCGCAAUUCAUUUGAUUAAGAAGAUACAAAUUAGGAUCAAAAGAGAAUCCACAAAGGAGCAAAAGCCCAUGGAUUAUACCAUCUCAGCACUGAAGAUCUACACAGGCAUUGUACUUUUUUUCUUCUUUAUGCUGCAGUUAAUGGAGCCUGUCAACUGUUUGGACUGAGAUUGCUGCCCUUGCCUUUGAGGUUGGCUCUGAGUUAUUGGCAGGGUUGAAAUCCUUUCAUAUAGGCCAUCUGAUGACAGAGGCAUGUAGACUAGGCUACCCGGCAUAGGAAAAUGAAGCAGCCAUUUAAAUAAUCGCCGCUUCAUUUAAAUUUAAAAGGCUGCCACGCUGAGCGGGUCA